CUGAGAUAGGACUUUCAGUCGUCGCAUGGCACUGAACGACAUAAUAAUAUGUUUGCAAUCAUCUUUGGAUUACCAUAAUUAAGAAAAUAAUAGUUUUUCUUUCCAUUUUUUUUAGUCCUGGCAAAAACUUAUUGCUUACGAUAUCAUGAUUUAACAAUUUAUUGACUGAUGUGGCGCCUACAAGGUUCCAUUCGACAACAAGUGAAUUGGCCAAGCAAACAACAGAAGGCUGAAAAGGCUAAUUUGAAUUUGUAAUCACAUUUCACUAACACUAAAGAACGUGGGUCUCCAAACACCAUGGCCUACAAAGACACUUCAUAUGCGUUAUCGUUCCCUGUCCCAUGGGGAACUAUAGCAGCAAAAUCUUGGGGAAGAGGAGAGAAAAAAUUCUUAGGACUUCACGGGUGGCUUGAUAAUGUGGAAACUUUUUCGUCCCUCGCUCCGCUGUUGGAGAAAGAAGUCACGCUGGUGGCAUUCGAUUUUCCGGGACACGGCAUGUCGUCCCGUCGCCCUGCUGGAACUGCUUAUACCUUCUUGGAUUGGGUCUUGGAUGUCAGAAAAGUAGUGGUCCAACUCGGAUGGGUCAAAUUCUCAAUGAUCGGUCAUAGUAUGGGUGCAAGUGUCGCAGCGUUAUAUGCGGGAACAUUCCCAAGCGAAGUAAUUGAUCUUAUUUUGAUUGAAUACCGUGGACCGUCUGUUGCGGGCGAAAAUCUAGCGCGAGAAGUUCUUCGAGAGUGUGCUGACGACCUUUCGAGAAUCCACUAUAAACAAAAACUACAGCCAAGGCAACAAGUAGCAAAAUUUCAUCAACUUGUCCAGAGAUUGAUGAACAAAAACCCCGACAUAACAAAGGAGUCAGCAGAGCGACUAAUGAGCCGAAGUGGUAUUCCAGAACAGGACGGCUACAGAUUGGAUAUAGACCAAAGAUUGAAACCUGCAAAAAACCGCGAUGUUCGUGGAAAUUUCAUGAUCUUAUCCCAAGAAAUGAUUAAUUCAAUUCUUACUGGAAUAUGCUGCAGUGUGUUAGUCGUCCGUGGGAACGACUGCCACCCCAUGUUCCGUAUUCAAGACGAUUACAUACGGGCUCGUCUUGACGUGAUAAAACAACACGCGAGUGAGUAUUUUCACCACGAGGUACCUGGUAAUCACUUUGUGCAUCUGAACGAGCCCGAGGUGGUAGCGAGAGUCAUUCGAGAGUAUUUGGAUAGACGUGCGUCCAGGAGUAUAUCGUGUAAGCUCUAGAAAUUCUACAUGCAUCAUCUCAAGGGGCGGCGUAAGGGGAGGGGCAGGGGGGCGCCUCCCAACUCUUUUGGACAGGGUUUUUUUUUUUUAUAUAUGAACGUUUUUAGGGUUUCAAGCGGUACAUAAGCAACCGACAACAAAUUUGUUGAACAGUUUAAAAUCCUGCGCAUAAAAGCCUAGGUUAUCCCCCGCGUUCUUAUAAAUUGCGCUUCAGAAUUUGA